AUUUUGUGUAGCGAUUAGCACUGUAGUCUGGCUUCAUUGACAUGCUAAGCUAAUCGGGGCAGGAAGUGACUUGAGAAAGUUGUUGAUCCAGUGUUGUCUUUGUGCCUAUUGUUUAUGUCUGACUGGCUGAUCCAGUCCUGAGCUUUCUUUCAAGUCAUUAACACCUGAACACGUUUGAGUUUCAGUGAAGCUUGUCACGCUGUCAUAUGUCUUCAAGUGCAAGAGUCCACGCUGACGUCCAGACCACCACAGGCAGUCGAUCACACUCUGCUGAUCUCCUCUGUGACCAGCAGCUCCAAAUGGCAUGUGAGGUGGUUCUGGGAGCAUCAGGAGAAGGAGCCGCCAGAGACAAUGUUUCUGCCAAAAUGUCUUUUCCAUUGAAAGAUGAAGCUCAAAUGUUGGAGCCAAGUUCAGAUUCCAGCCAGAACUCUUCUUCUUCAGAGUUGCACCAGGAUGAGUCUGAGUUUCACGAUGAUUUGUUUUCUGAAUAUGUGGAGGACAUUUACCGAAACAUGAGAGCAGCAGAGGAGCGGUUUGGACCAAAGGCAGGUUACAUGGACCACCUGCCAGAGAUCUUAAGGGACUUCAGGACCAUCAUGGUGGACUGGAUGACCCAGGUCACCCUGGACAUUGAACUUGAUACGCAGACUCUGCAUCUCGCCAUCAACUACUUGGACCGGAUCUUCUCCAAAUCCAGAUCAGUGAACAUGCAGGACGUGACUCUGAUCGGGAUGACUCUUCUGUUCAUUGCUGCGAAGCACCAGAGCACGAACCACCCAAAGGCAUAUAUGUUUGUCACCAAAGAUGGAAGCUACACAAAGAAAGAAUUGAUCGAGAUGGAGUGGCGUCUCCUCAAAACCCUGGACUUCACUCUGUCUGCCCCCACGUCCUACACCUUCCUUCACAUCUUCAUGUCCACCUGUCCCAUCAACGAGACCACACAGAACCUGGCAGUGUUUCUGGCAGACCUGAGUCUCAUGGACAUGGACUUGUUGGUGCGACACGGUUCAUCUAAAGUAGCUGCUUCCGUUCUGUUCAUGGCCAACUACAGAGUCAACAGAGCUGACUGGCCUGAAGACUUGGAGCACUUCUCUGGGUAUUCAGUGGAAGACAUUGCUGAGUGUGUCGAUGACCUGUACAAGCUGGAAAUGGCUCAUUCGGCGAUCCAACUCCAGGCCACCCAGAGAAAGUUCAUGAAAUCAAUGUCUUUGAUUGAAUGUUGCCCACCAGGAUCAGCUUGCUGCUGCACGUCUGACUACGCAUCAGUGUUUUGGUGAAGAAGACUCGAGGCUUCCUCCUCCAAGUAGCCGGGUGGACUGUAUAGAUCUAUAUGGAAAAUUGAGGAACAACAUGUUUUUUCAACAGCGAAAUCAGUUUUGAUAACAACUGAAUACAAAAAAGUGUUUUUUUUAAACUGGAAAUAUUCUUUGUAUUCUUUGUACAUAAUAUAUUAUUUUGUAUUCAGAACAUGAGCUUCUUGGUGAAUGUUACCACCAAUAAUGUAUUAAGUGACUCG